AUGACCCCUGCGACAUCCCGUAGCCGCAUCAACAGCCAGUCCACGACCAGGAAAGACGCUGCCGCCGGGACGCAGGCGCAGGUCAUGCUGCGUUGGGAGGUUUUCGAGGACGUUCGUGAUGGCGGUGCCUUCCCUAGAACUGGGCUAACGGAGCCCGUGUCAGGGAAAAUAGGCGAGACCGUCAGAAAACCGAGAAAAGACGAGACAAUGUGCGGGCAUGCCACUAACGGAAGACGCAAAAGCAAAGAACUGGCCCUAGAUGAGGGUCUGGGCUCCUGCGCUCACCAGAAGGAUGCGGUGUCCACUAGGCUCCCCCCAAUUGCCUCCGAGGAUGGUAAUUAUUCCGUCCACCAGAACAGCCAUGAGCGGUAUCACGAAGCCGUGCGGAAGGUGCUGCUAAAAACCUUCCCCAAUCAGGUCUUCAAAGUCCCUGUGACCGACGCUCAGAACUUCAGCUUCUGGUGGCCUCACAGCACGAACGUGCGCCCAGAGAAGGUCAUUCCAUGGAUGCAGGGUCCACGCCACUGUCUCAUCAAAAGCCCAAUGACCAGAUUUAUGGAUCAUUCAAUUCUCAAUGACAGGACCUUCAGUCUAUACUGAGGACGAUGUGCUCACAGGACAAAAUGAAAACCGGAAGGAGGGCAGGGAGGGGAGAAGAGUCAUCAAGCCCAGCUGAGGAGGGAGAGGGGAGGAGGUAAAGAAAGAAGAAUAAACCAACUAAAC